AAGAAGCUUCCUAGGGUUGGACGCGGUUCGGUGACAGCGUUAAUAUGAGCUGGAUGUUGUCCCGAGUGUCGGCGGUUGUGCGCCUCCCGGCGGUCAGCCGCCUGCUGAGUACCAACUCCCGGGAGCACUUGGAGGGGCUGGUGAAGAAGGACAAGGUGGUGGUGUUUAUAAAGGGCACUCCGGCCCAGCCUAUGUGCGGCUUCAGUAACGCCGUGGUGCAGAUCCUCAGGAUGCACGGGGUGGAGGACUACGCGGCUUACAACGUGCUGGAGGACCAGGACCUCCGCCAUGGGGUGAAGAGCUUCUCCAACUGGCCCACCAUCCCGCAAGUGUUUCUGAACGGGGAGUUUGUCGGAGGCUGCGACAUCCUUCUUCAAAUGCACCAGAACGGAGACCUGGUGGAAGAACUGAAAAAGAUGGGCAUUCGUUCUGCGCUGCUAGAUGCUCAGCCCAAUCAGGAGAGGAAGUAAGCAAGGAACCCGUGUUUGUGUGAACUGUUUAUCCAGAGCGAGGCCUGUGCUCACCAGAGAAGCCUUAUUUAUCACGGUGAACUAUCGUACCCAUUCGUUAUUGUCCGCUCAUCUCAUGGAAGACCUGUGAAUGGGGUACCACGAAGCCACUUGUCAUUGCCGCCCUAGUGGACAUGCGGUCUAUAACGGGCGGUUUUCUACCAUUGUAUUAUAGUCGGAUGUUGACCACUGUUCUAGAGAGAGAUGCAUUUAUUACGUGAGAAUGUAACAUG